ACCUCACCUCGAUGUCCGCCCCCUCCUUCUCCCCCAAACCCCAUGCCGGAAAUUUCCUUUUCCCCAAAUCUGGCCUCACCUCUCUCUCUCUCUCUCUCUCUCUCUCUCUCUCUCUGUAUCGCCGUCGCUAGGGGCUCCUUUUGCCACCACUCAGUCCGGCUCCACAAUCGGAGAGUACGCAUUUGCCGAUGUGGGAAAUUUGGAACACUGCGCUAAGUACUUGAACCGGACGCUUGUUACGUACGGAUUCCCGGCUUCUCUCGAUCUGUUCGCCAAUGAUCCGGUUUCUGUUGCGAGAACUUGCACUUCUGAAUCAACUGAGAGGGAGCUUGAACUUGAAGCUCAACUUGUUGAGGCCAGGAGCAUACUCCAAGAGCAGGGUAUUACAUUUGAGCUAGACGAUGAGAUGGCUGCAGAUGAUGAUGAUCGGGAGGUGUUACAGGAUAUAAUAAACAACACCAAGUUAAGCGAAGGUUAUCUUACACUUGCUCGUGAUAUUGAGGUUAUGGAACCUAAAUCUCCUGAAGAUAUCUAUAAGGCACACUUGCUUGAAGGCCGUGCUAGUGCUGGUGCAAGUGUUGACUCGGCUAGACAGAACCUUGCUGCCACCUUUGUUAAUGCUUUUGUAAAUGCUGGCUUUGGUCAGGAUAAGUUAAUGACAGUCCCAUCAGACAGUUCUAGUGGUGGCUCUUCUGCCAACUGGCUUUUCAAAAAUAAGGAACAUGGAAAGACUAGUGCUGCAGCAAGUCUUAGUAUGAUUUUACUGUGGGAUGUUGACGCUGGACUUGCCCAAAUUGACAAGUACUUCCACCUAAGUGACAACCAUGUUAUUUCUGGUGCAUUAUUAGGAGUUGGGAUUGUGAACUGUGGCAUCAAGAAUGAUUGUGAUCCUUUUCUACAUUUCGUCAUGAUAGACCCGAUUUUUUGCGCGAUAGGGACAUGUCUCCAUGGACACAAGAAGGCCAGCCCUCUUCUGAAUUCCUUAGCUAGCAGUCGUAGAUGUCUUUACUAGGUGAAUUUUCUAUUA